CUAAAGUCAGUGUCAUCAUAAUAAAGCGCAACUGGCAGGGGGUCUGAACCUCUGCCAUUCUUACAAAAGCGUCUCGAAUCCUCCGCGAGUCAAAGCUGAGUGCGCGCAUCCGCCGGGAGAACUUCACGCGCUCUGAGAGGACGCAGGUGUCGCGCGCUUGUGGAGUACCACCUUUGAAACGGUGCGUUUUUAUUUACAUACUUGCUAUUUCCUUUAAUCCUGUGGACUUUGAGAUUGACAUGCUGAGAUGUUUCCCUGAACAACUAUUAUAAAUCAUAACUGCUGUAGUGGUGUGGUGAAUGAUCUUUUGUGUAAACGGAAGAUAUGCCUGCUUAAUUCUGACUGCAUAAAACUUCAAAAGAAGAAAAAAGUUAUUUAAAAGCCAUGCCUCGACCAGGCAAGAACUCCUACAGUGACCAAAAGCCUCCGUACUCCUACAUCUCUCUGACGGCUAUGGCCAUCCAGAGCUCCUCCGAGAAGAUGCUCCCCCUCAGCGACAUCUACAAAUUCAUCAUGGACCGUUUUCCCUAUUACCGCGAGAACACUCAGCGCUGGCAAAACUCGCUCCGGCACAAUCUUUCGUUUAACGACUGCUUCAUCAAGAUCCCCCGCCGUCCCGACCAGCCGGGCAAGGGCAGCUUCUGGGCCCUGCAUCCAGACUGUGGGGACAUGUUUGAGAACGGAAGCUUCUUGCGUCGCCGAAAACGUUUCAAGCUUCUGCGAAUGGAGCAUUCGGCAUGCAAGAGCACCCCGGUGCUCCACUCUUACCACUCUCACCAUCACACUCCGCAUUCUUUGCAUCAAGCCCACCACCAUUCAGGUAAACUGGGCAUGGGCCAUCCAGAGUACCUGGGCACCAUGGGCCGCCUCUCACACUUCCAGAGCUACACGCUGAGUGGCGGGCAGAGUGGCAGUUUUAAGCACCCCUUUGCCAUCGAGAGCCUGAUUGGUCGAGACUAUAAAGGAGUGAUGGCCAGUGGCUUGCCCAUCGCCUCUGUCAUGCAUCACCUUGGUUAUCCUGUGCCUGCUCAGCUCGGUGGCAUGGUCAACUCUGUGUGGCCGCAUGUCGGCAUGCUGUCCGAGUCGGUUCCGGUGUCAUCAGACUACCCUCCGUUUAGCGUGGCCGUAAAGGGGCUGUACCAUCACCCGGGGAACCAGAACAUGCCUGCUGUACCAGUGCCCAUUAAACCCACACCAACUCUGGGUGCAGUUCCUUCUUUGACUGGUAUGACACCAGGAGUAACACAGCUAUGCCCGAGAUCAGCAUCGCUUAUGGAGAGAGAGGCGACGGCUCUCACGGAGGAAAAAAGUGGAUCUCUGCACCCUGCUCUUCUGCAGUCCUGAAACCAAAAAGACAAGGUUCAGAAUUGAGGGUAUGUAGAGCAUGCUUUGGGGGACACAGCUGUGGACUCUUUAUAAUCUUAUCCGAGUUCCACCAAAAAUUGCCAACUUUAUUCCUCAUUGGUCGGGAGAGAAAGAAAUUCACACUGUACUUUUGCAAACUAUGUAUAUUUCUAAGCAUGUAUGUCUAUAUUGUUCAGAGUGCAAAUUGUCUUAUAAUUUGCCUCUGCCAUGUAAAAACAUUUUACUUUAUGUAAAAUAAGAUAUGUGAUAUAAACAUGUUUUAACUAAGUGAACUUUUAGACUUAUUUUUCGUGUCUUUUACAGAGAACAGCUGUUUUUUAAAAACAUUGUACUGUACAAAGGACUGUAAAAAUGUGGGAAAAAGGGAAAAUCUGUCUCUUACAGUGCACUAUAAAUGACCUGUACAUUUUUAAACAUUUAAGCCUUAGAAAUGUUAAGGUUACACAGACUGUACAGAUUUUAACUGUGUGUUUGCACAAACCCUGACACACCUUGCAUGCAUGUAUGCCACUGUUAAAACAGUGAAGUGGAUUCAUGAAAGUCAUGAAUUAACCCAAAGUGAAUUUUGCUAAAGUACUGUAAUAAUGUUAAAUAGAAAAAUCAUUUAUGUUUAAAUAUGUGUAUAUAUGAUCUGAAAUGCUAUGUAAUUAUGUAUAGAAUAUUAUUACUUACAGUAUUUGAAUUGCACUUGUGGUAUUUACUAACACAACAUUGAAAUAUUUACGAAAGCCGAAACAAUCAAAUGUACAGUGAAUAAUAAGCAGGACUGUGUGCAGUUUAACAGUGCAUGUCAAGAUAAAAUGCAAUGAAAUGGAGGCUCUUCUUCAAUAAAAAAUUGCAGAUAUAACAGUGUAAGAUAUGUAAAUUAAUUUUUUUGAGUAAAGUUAUUUUAUAUUUUCUUUCUUUCUUUCUUAUUUGUUAGUUCUGUAAACUAAAUUAUGUAAUUGUAUAAAAAAAAAAUAAAGGCAUACAUGUAGCCAUUUGACAGCAACGAAAAACAAACUGAAUUAUGUAUCUGAUUAAAUCAACCAUUAUAACUAAGAAUAGAAAAUAAAUUGUUUGUGUAUUUACAGUAUUCUGCAUGCCAUUACAAAAGAUUUACAAUAUUCAACUAUUUCCCAUUUAAAGGGCCACAUUUAAACAGUGGCUGAACAUCCACAAAAAUAAAUAGCUUGAUAAUGGCUUUUCUUCCGCAUCAUUUUUGAACAUUAAGACAAUUGUUGCUUUAAGGCAUAAGAUGAAAGUGAAAGAUUCGAUCUGUUUGCCUAACUACAGAAAAUAUGUCUCUGUCCAGCAGUGAAGGAUUCGUUGUAGAGCAACAUGUUGUUGAUGCAGUGUCACUCAGCUGUAUUAAAUGUUGCAUGAUGUUCAGAGCUGUGUUCCCUAUAAGUGCUGUCUGAUCCUUAAUUAGACUGAAUUACUUUUUAAUGAUAAGUAUUUUAUGAAUAUUUCUAAUGGUAAGCAACACAUGUGUUUCACAUAUUGUUAACAGGCCGCCUACCGAACCGAAAAAAAGACCACAAACUACUAAAUCUUUAAUUUAUUUGGUAUGAUUUAAUAUAAUUACGCAAAUUUAAUGCGACAGGACUUCUAGGGAACAAAAGGUUUGUUUGUUAAUGUGAACAAAAAGAUCAAAAUUUACCUGAAACAUCUUUUUUAAUUUCUUUUUUUUUGCAAGAUGUAA